AUGUCUUCAUCCAACGCUCAAUCAAGUUCGCAAGCCAGCUCAGCCAAGCCUCACCCACACAUAGCAGUCCCACGGAGCCAAGCUGACCCUAACCGGGACUUCAGGGAUGACGAGGAGCUGGUUCAUCAUCUCUAUUUUGAGGACAACGAUCCCUUCUUCCCACCAAUCUGGUUGGGCAAGGACAUCCUACAGUCUGACCGGCGACCUUCAAAUGAAAGUGCAAGUAGCGGUGGCUCCAAAGACGACAAGUGA